UCUUAACCCGGAAAAGGAUGUCUGUUUAUUUUUAACAUCCGGGUCACAUCACAUUUGUCCAGCGCCGACUUGCUUUUGUACAAGUGCCACAGGAUGUCAGACGACGAGGACUCUGCUCCGGCCCCGAAGAAAGGUCGCGUGUUCUACGGAAGCCUGGAGGAAAAAGAGCGCGAGCGCCUGAACGCAGAGCUCGCCAGCGGCUCGGUGACAGGAAGCGAUGGCGUCAAGGCCGGAAUCGAGGCGGGACACAUCAACAUUUCGUCUUACGAAACGCUGGAACUGGAGGAGCACGUGAACGUCAGGCAACAGGAAGCACUCGCCGAGUUUGAGAGGAGGCGGCGAGCGCGACAGAUCACCGUCUCUACCGACGACACCGAAGUCAAGGCGGGGCUGCGAGCCCUCGGGGAGCCAAUCACCUUGUUCGGGGAGGGGCCGGCGGAUCGGCGGGAGAGGCUGCGUGGCGUUUUGUCUGUGGUGGGUCCAGAUGCCCUGAAAAAGUCCAGGAGAGAUGAAGACAGAGCCAAGCGAUCACAGGAAGAGUGCCAGCAGACGUGGUACCACGAAGGCCCCGCCUCGCUCAAGAACGCACGUCUCUGGUUGGCCCGUUACUCCCUGCCCAGGUCGAUGAAGCGCCUGGAGGUGGCCCGGGCCCAAAAGGAAAUGUGCGAGGCGGCCAGAACCAUCCGCCAACAGGAGCUCAACAAGAGCCUCAGAAACUUGAACAACUUCUGCAGUCAGAUCGGCGACGAUCGACCAAUCAGCUUUUGCCACUUCAGUCCCGACUCCAAAAUGCUGGCCACCGCCUCCUGGAGCGGAUUGUGUAAGCUAUGGUCCGUUCCCGACUGCAACCUGAUUCGCACACUGAGAGGCCACAACACCAACGUGGGCGCGGUGGUCUUCCGCCCGCAGGCCGGCGUGUCUCUCGACCAAUCGGACGUCAGUUUGGCCUCGUGCGCCGCGGACGGCUCCGUCAAGCUGUGGAACCUGCUCAGCGACGAGCCGGUGUUGAGCAUCGAGGACCACAGCGAGCGAGUUUCGCGAGCGUGCUGGCAUCCGUCCGGAAGGUUCCUGGGAACCACGUGCUACGAUCAUUCGUGGCGCCUUUGGGACAUGGAGGUGCAGGAGGAGAUUCUCCAUCAAGAAGGUCACAGCAAAGGAGUUCAUGAUCUCCACUUCCAUCCUGAUGGAUCACUGGCUGCUACCGGCGGACUGGAUGCCUUUGGAAGAGUUUGGGAUCUUCGCACAGGACGCUGCGUGGUCUUCCUGGAAGGUCACCUGAAGGAGAUCUACAGCGUACACUUCUCACCUAACGGCUACCACCUGGCGACGGGAAGCGGAGACAACACCUGCAAGGUGUGGGAGCUGAGGAACAGGAAGUGUCUUUACACAAUCCCCGCCCACCAAAACCUGUUGUCGGGUGUCAGAUUCCAGCCCACGGACGGCCACUUCCUGUUGACGUGCGCGUACGACAACAUGGCGAAGGUCUGGAGUCACCCCGGCUGGAUGCCGCUGAAGACGCUCGCCGGCCACGAGGGGAAGGUGAUGGGCGUGGACGUGUCCCCCGACGGCAAACUCAUCGCCACGUGCUCAUACGACAGAACCUUUAAACUUUGGGUGUCGGAAUGACACGGUUUGUUUCUUUUGUUUUUUGUAAUUUUUUUCAUGAUUCAAUAAAGUUUUCAUUUAGCAA